AUCGCGCACCAAAACCAGGAAGCGUACUGGCAGAACAGUCGAGAACAGAACUACUGUACAUUUUAAUAACAACAGCAACAUUUUAAAGCGUUAUAUAACACGAAUCAAAUCAUUUAGGCUAUAUUAUAAACUCUGAAUCUUCUUUUUAUCUAAACACCGAAAACAACGCUACAGAGAAAGAUGUCCCAGGACUCCUCUGCACUGAGGGAGGAAGGAAACAACCAUUUUAAAGCCGGCGAUGUCCAACAAGCUCUGACCUGCUACACAAAAGCCCUGAAGAUCAGCGACUGUCCAUCCGAGAGUGCAGUCCUGUACCGCAACCGCUCAGCAUGUUAUCUUAAACUCGAGGACUACACCAAAGCAGAAGAAGAUGCCACAAAAUCUUUGGAUGUUGAUCCAGGUGACAUCAAGGCCCGGUUUCGUCGAGCGCAGGCUCUGCAGAAGCUCGGGCGGCUGGAUCAGGCGUUCAUGGACGUUCAGAAAUGUGCACAGCUCGAACCCAAGAAUAAAGCUUUCCAGGAUCUGCUUAGACAGCUCGGAGCUCAGAUCCAGCAGAAGGCAACACAGCUCUCCUCCACAGACUCACGGGUUCAACAGAUGUUCAAACUCCUCCUGGAUAGUUCAGCACCAAUUGCAGACAGACAGAAGGCUGCUCAGAAUCUGGUGGUACUUUCCCGUGAGGACGCUGGCGCUGAGCAGAUCUUCAGGAAUGAUGGAGUCAAACUCCUGCAGAAUCUCCUUGAGUCCAAACAAGAGGAACUCAUCCUUUCUGCUCUCCGGACUCUGGUCGGCCUGUGCACCGGACACCAGUCCAGGACCGAGUUUGGACACCCCUAGACUAUGAUUAUUCCACUGUAAUGUGUAAGUAUUGAUCUUAUGUUAUUUAUGCAUUGGCACACUUGUUUGAUAUCACGUCACCCUUUAUACUCAAGUCUUAAUUGCUGAAUGUAAAAAAAAGAUGUAUUCUGGUUUUAUAUAAACACUACUUUUGUUUCA